AUGGCCGCUGCAGGGGAGAACCCAGAGUACGGAUUACCAGGUGUUGAGACAACGAAACGGAAAUACACAACAACAAUACAAGUUGGCUCGAAACGGUUUGCUAUAUCGCGCGAUGUGCGGCGUGAGCUUGCAGCAUCGAAGUGGAAUCGGGGCUGGACGUACCAAGAAACCUUGCUCUCUCGCAGGCGGCUCGUGUUCACGGACAGCCAGUUCUAUUUCCGGUGCCGCGCCAUGCACUGCCCGGAGUCGCUUUCCUUCCCUCUUCAACCGAUACACAUCUCCACCAGUGAAAGAUUCUCGGAGAAGCUCAGCCUCUGGAAAGCAUUCCCCAGUAGGAGCGUGGGCAACGAUCUGCUAAGCCCCAUGAGUCGAAUUGCGGAAUUUAUUCAUCGCGACCUCAAGCUCGACGAGGAUGCUUUGAAUGCUUUCCGGGGUAUCGUUGAGGAAUUCGGGAUGUCGAAAAGGCCAGUACGUUUCCUCAGUGGGGUCCAUUUGGCUCCUAGGGAAUAUAUAAUCGGACCCGGGCUAGAUAAGGCUGGUGACACUUCUCAGCUGGUGCUUGGCUUGACUUGUGGAGAUACGGCGUAUUUCAGUUUCGAGAGGAGAAGAUUGACUCGCCGUACGGGUUUCCCGAGCUGGUCCUGGCUUGGUUGGAAAGUAGAGGUUGCUGAACCAGGGAAGACCAAGCCUGGUCCGGAAAUAGGACUAUUCGGCCUUACAUCGACAAACAGUCCAAUUUACAGCAGACGUCCUGGAAGUUUUGAGAAUCACCUUAAUGUUGGGGUCGAGUUACCUGACAGGACGGUGAUUACCUGGGAAGGCAACGAGGCACUUAUCCAAAGCAAAUUCGACAAAGGGAAAAUCCCAACACAUCUACAUGUCAAAGGCUGGACAUUUGAUCUCGCCAUAAAACGGGGGACUUCUCAGGACGACUGGGAGGUGUCCUGGCCAGAACCUGCCGCACAACGAAAAGACUAUAAGCCCCUUGAAAGAUGCUGCGAUGUCAACCUAUCACAUAUCGGACUUCUGAAGUUUCCGCCAAGGUCACCUUGCUUAUCCUCUGCAGCACCGCACAUAAAUUUCCUUACAAAGUGCGUCUGCUCAUCAAAUAUUCAGAGGACAUCAAGGCGUAUGAGCGAAUCGGCAUCUGCGAUCUUUCUAACCUUCUGCACUACAGUGGUGGGAGGAUGGUGA